AGAUACAAAUUUUACGCACGUUCGUUUUAUAAUGACAUUUGUACGCACGCUUUACAUUUUGAUUGUCGUUUUUGCAGAAAACAAGGAAAAAUCGCUCGUUCGAUGUAUCGUUAACCUCAAGGAGACCGAGCUUGUGCAUCUGUCCCAGAAAUUAAAUCCUUUGGAAUGUUUGCAGCUCGUAAAAGCUGUGUAUGAAUUGUCUCCAUCGGGAGAAGAACGCGAAGAGAAGAAAUAUAGAGUGUUAAAUGGAGAUUUAACUCGUUUGUCGGCUACUCCGAACGAAUGUCUCGUUAACCUCGAAGAAUGGAACAAUGACUUUCCAAAAGGUCCAAAAUUCGGAGGACGUUCAGCAAUGGAGAUGACGCUGAGAUGGUUAGGACGACCUGACCUGGCAAAGUAUGUGAGAGAAAAUCGCAGAUCGAUUAAAUUCCUCGAUAGGGAGGAUUACGAUAUAGCCGAUACGUUAGAAUUUCCAGGACACAAAGUGUCAAGGAGGCAUAGCCCUGGGAAUAGCAAGCAUUCAUCGGCAAAAGGAAAGAAGGAAAAGAAGAAAAGAGGGCAUCAAAGACACACUUCCGCGACGUCGCAUAAAGAGAUUCAUAGAGCAAUGGUUGCAGCAACGGGACACAGCGCAAAUAUUAAACAGGGAUAUAGUAACACUGGGCCAAUUUUAAAACAUUUCAGUCAUAAGGUUCGCGAACUGAAAAAGAAAGAAAAUAAAUCGCAGUCGAAGAAGGGUUACCUUGAAGAGCACCGAUCAAUUUAUGGGUCAAUCGUGGUUGUUCUAUUUUUCAUUGUUCUUUGUCUCGUGGCAGCCUACUUCCUUCAUAGACGAAAUCUUUCCAAGACCCGUGGUACGCGAUUCAAGUACAGUUGGUUUCCAGAUAAAGAGGACAAGGACACUCUUACCGAUCACAUCGAAUGGAACGAUGAACCUUUCUGCUCCUGUUCGGAUGUCGAGGUUGGAUGUACGGGAAAAUGUGCCACGUGUAGUAGAAAUUAUCAAAUUCUUUCUGAUGUUCCCAAUAAACACGUGAAUUCGGUUUGCGUGCAAAAACUGAAAGACAGGAAACGAAAGAAGAGACAACGGUUCAGUUUUCUUCAAAAAUGUUCUCAGGACAAAAAACGGGAGAAGGACCAGGAAAAUCGGGAUAGGAAGUGCGUAAAAAGGAAGAAUACUGAAUCUGCUGCAAAAGCGUCAUUGAAACGACGUAAUGCAUCUUGUGCGUACUUUAUCGAUAAUACAUCAGCAUCUUUCCACGACUUAAGGAAAACUUUAGAGAAAUGCGUUACAAAGAAACGAGAAAAGCAUCCAAUUAUUUCCCAAGGAGACUAUCGACAAUGUGCAUGCUGCAAGUGUAAUUUAAGCUCUAAAGAGAAGAUGAUUCGCGAAAGAAAAGAGAAUGAAAAGAGAGGACUGUAUAAAUUGAAACCGAAAAGAAAGAAAGAAAAAAGACGAAAAGAAGAUUUGCGGAGAGUAGAGAAAUAUGGAAACGUAUGUUACAGGGAUACAUGUAAAUGAAUUACUACUUGGAAAGGAAGAGGCAUGGAAAUAUAAUAAUAUCCAAUAAGAAAUAAAAAAUGCAAUGUUUUUGUAUUAAUACAAGGCGUUUAAUAUAAUCUUAGGUAAUAAAGUAUGCUAAAGAUCUUCAAAUAAUAUGUCAAUUACACAUUGAAAUGAACGAAUUGUAUACGAAAUAAAUUCAUAACUUCGAUAAAAUCAUUGCCUAAUAUUAUAUUUUAUUAAGAUCACUAUAGUUUCUCGAAAUUUUUGUCCUCUAAUCGAAUUGAUUGUAUGUUUUUGUAAAACAUUGAUACACUUGAAAGCUGUCAUUUUAUAAUCUUUGUCGAAAUUAUUGUUAAUAUAAUAUUAAUGUGUAAAUUGAUACAAGGAUUUUUCACCUCGUAGUACAUUUAUUUUUCAGUAUUAUAGUACCUAUAGCUAAUAUCUUUUGUCGGCAGAUGAAAUAUCACAAAUUGUAACAUUUAUAUAAUAUAUAAUCUUGUAACAUAUAUAUAAUAUAUAAUAUUACAUAUAGUUUCCAUUGAUUCUUCUAUUUUUAUUUUACAAGAUAUACUUUAUCUGUUCCUAUUUUAUCUUAUCGUUCGUACACAGAAACGUUUUCUAUUAUAGAAAACCAGUCAUAGCGAACGUUGUUUAUAACAUUUUUAUAGGACAACUAAGAACACAUUUCAUUAAUGGUAACGGAUAAUCGAGGAAGUUGUUAAGGUGACGUUGUAAUGAUAGUUGUAAUUAUGGCAAUGAAAAUAUGAGUAUCGGACUAUGAUGUUGCACUUAUUGUAAUACUCCCUAUGUUGGUGGAUACUACUAUUAAAUCCGUAUUUCUUAUCACAGUAGAAAUCAUAUGUUGUGUAUUUAUAUAUUGAUCAAAUUAAAUAGAAAAUAUGAUAUCUAAAACAUGAAUUAAAUAUCAUAUUCUGAAGAAUAAACUACGAACAUCAAAAAAUAAAAAGAUCAUAAGAUUUUAAGAUUAUAAGAUUUUUAGUUCGAAUACCGUGAACAUAUUCAAAAAUAUUGGUUACUUUAUUUAGAUUACCAAUUUUUUAAUUUUUAUGAGUAAUAUGUUGCAUUCAUCAUCGGAAUCCAUUUGAUGAAAAUCAUUUUGUAAUUUAUAUUAAGUGUAAAAUUGUAUAUAUUGCAUUGUCAUUUACUUUGAAAUUCAAAUCGAGUAAGAUUAUACCUUGGAUAGGUAUUUGAUGUUUAGAAAGUUGUUCAUUCUAUAUAAAGAAGACCCUCGAUAACAAUAUUUCUUUAUUAAAUACACAAUAUUGCUUUGGUAUUAGAAACAUAUUUGGUACUCAACCUUUUUUUUUUGAAUCUUUAAAAGUUUCGAAUUCUCAAUUACUUCAAACAUAGUAUUUUAUUCGUUUAUGUUAGAUCAUAUAAAAUCGAAUACUUUUUCGAGUAUUUUGGAUUAGGUCGAAAUUUCGAUAUGUUGUAGUCUGUAGACAACUACCAAAUAAAAAUUACUUCGGUAUAAACAACUUUUAAAGACGUAAUUCUAUAAAUCUUAUUUACCGAUAAUACGUCAAAGAACUCGAUAAUUUAAAACAAUUCACACGAAAAUAGUCCAAUUAAACGAUUGUUAACAUUGAACGAAUAAUUUCUAAAUUUGACACAACAAGAGAAACACACAAUUUUUAUGAAUUUACACCAGUGUCUUGUCAGUUGACAAGUAGAAAUGGUAAAUUGGAAUGGUAAAACUGAUUAUUUACUUACUAAAUAUGAUAUAGAU